CUGAAAUUUACCCGAUUUGAUUUUGACAGUUGUGUUGUAUUUGUUGUAAAAAAAAUUGAAAUCCCAUAAAAUCCGAAUUUUCUAAAUCAAUACACAAACUAGACAUUAAUUUAGAAAUUUGAUUUGAAAAUAAUGAUUCAACCUCAAGAUGAUCCAAUAGAUCCUAUUUUCAAUAAUCCAUUUGAUUGGGAUACAGAAAAUAUUGAUUUUGGUAACUUUGAAAUGUGUUUUCUAAUACCUCCAACUGGAUUAGAAAGAACUCAACAAACAUCUCGUCAAGCACAGAGCCAAGGUACUGAACGAUAUGAAGACAUAGAUAUUUGGGAUGAAUUAUCUGAAGAUGAAGAUGAAGAAAUUGAUUGGGAUGAGGAUGAAAAUGGGCAAUUUACUUUAGAAAUGAAGGUGCCAAAGACACUUCAUGGUAGUAUAAUUGGCUUUAAAGGAGCUAUGCGCCGAAAAUUGGAAAAUGAUACAGGUGUGACAAUUAAAGUACCACAAAAAACCGAUCCAAAUGGUUGUGUAGUUUUAACUGGUCCUUUGCCAAAUGCAAUAACUCGAUGCAAGCGCCGUAUUGAAAUGGUUUUAAUGGAUGCACGAUUUAAGCAACCGUUUACACAUUUUAUUUCAAUUCCAAUGAGUAAUGAUAUAAUCAGAGAAAAUUUCGAUAGAUUUAAGCGAGAAGUACUGGGAUUAGGACAAAUACGUGGAGUUGAUUCAACAAUUUUCCAGAAUCCGUUUAAACUACAUUUAACUAUCGGGACAUUGGUCGUUAGAAAUGAGGAUAUUAUAAAAAUUUCAAAUUUAUUUUUGAAACUAAAAUUAAAUAUUUUGGAUGAACUUUUAGAGAAUAUUGGGCCAUUAAGUAUUCGUAUGAAAGGUCUAGAAUAUAUGAAUGACGAUCCAACGGAAGUAGAUGUUUUGUAUGCUAAAGCGGAAAUUGAAGAUGACAAGAAUUCUUUACUGCAACGUAUCAGUGAUGAAUUGAUUGAUUAUUUAGUUGAAGAAGACUUAAUGUUUCAAAAAUACGAUCGUGUUAAAUUACAUGUGACUCUUAUGAAUACACUGUUUCGUAAAGAUCGUGAUGGUUUAAAAUAUAAUACAGAGAAUGAAUACGAUCAACGAUAUUAUCGUGAACGUGAAACCUUUGAUGCACAACAAAUAUUGGAGAACUUUAAGGAUUAUGAUUUUGGUACAAAAAAAUUUAAUGAAAUACAUUUAAGUAUUCGAAAAACAACGGCUAAUCGUACCGGUUAUUAUAAAUCGGCGUAUGUUCAAGAAUUUUAAUAGAUUACGCUUAAAUCUCACACCUUUUAAGAUUUUUAUUUAAAAUUAAAUCUCGUGUUAGUCGAGUAAUUGAUAAACUUCUUUGAAACUCUAAAAAUAAUUUAUUAGUAUAUACAAUACAAA